GCAUUUGCAUCUACACUGAAAGAGAGAGAGAGAGGGAAGGAGGGAGCGGGGAGAGCAGGAGAGGAGGUAAGGGAGAGCAGCAGAGGGAGGCGGAGGGAGCAUAUGACAAAAAGAGGAGAGAGAGAGAGAAAUAGAUCAGAGCGUUAGAGAGAGAGAAGAGAGGGAGUGGGAGGCUGCAGAUAUCGAUGCCAUUAACAAUGGAGCUUUAGGAUCCAGGGAGGUAAUAGUCAGCCAGACAACGGCUGAGGGUAAAGAUAUUUGAGGAGGGGGGGUUCUCCUCUGUGAGCUCAGGGGGAGGAGGAGGGUGGAGGAGGAGGAGGAGGAGGAGGUGGAGGAGGAUGGGCCUCGAACACAGACUUGCAAUGGCACUGCAAAAAUUGGAUUAAAGCAGUAUGCUGGACAAGAGCGAGGUGGCAACUCUAGGCUUACCCUCCACCACCAGCCAUGGAGGCUCUGACAGUAACAUCAGCACAGACGGAGCAGGGGCGGCAGCUGGGGUCACGGGUGCUGAAGGUUCAGGGGCCGGAGAGCCACAGCGGACACGUGCUGCUCUGGAGCACCUGCAGCAGAAGAUCCUGAAAGUCACCGAGCAGAUUCGUGUGGAGCAGGAGGCUCGAGACGACAACGUUGCAGAAUACCUGAAAUUGGCCCACAACGCCGACAAACAGCAGGCAUCCAGGAUCAAGCAGGUGUUUGAGAAGAAGAACCAGAAGUCAGCACAGACCAUCGCACACUUGCACAAGAAACUAGAGCACUAUCACAAGAAGCUGAAGGAGAUAGAGCAGAAUGGACCAGCUCGGCAGCCCAAAGAUGUCCUGCGGGACAUGCAGCAAGGAUUAAAGGACGUUGGAGCCAACGUUCGUGCAGGAAUAAGUGGUUUUGGAGGUGGAGUAGUUGAAGGAGUCAAAGGUGGAGUAUCUGCACUCACUCACACCGCUGUGGUCUCCAAGCCAAGAGAGUUCGCCAGCCUCAUUAGAAACAAGUUUGGAAGUGCAGAUAACAUUGCUCACCUGAAGGACACACUCGAGGACGGAGUUGGGGGACACUCUGAAGACACCCCCACACCCCGUGCUCUGAGUGGAAGUGCCACUCUGGUUUCCAGCCCAAAGUACGGCAGUGACGACGAGUGUUCCAGCGCCACAUCAGGCUCUGCAGCGGGUAGUAAUUCUGGGGGGGCUGGAGGAGGAGGCGGAGGAAUAUUAGGGCCCACCAUGGGGAGCCCCAGAUUGGACGGGCACCAUCACCACCACCAUCACAUGCACAGCUCCUGGGACUCUCUACUUGAGGGCCUGCAGGAGAUCAAAGCCAGCCAGGCACACAUGGAGGAUGCCAUCGAGGACAUGAAGGGCCAGCUGCAGAGCGACUACUCCUACAUGACACAGUGCCUGCAAGAGGAGAGAUACAGGUAUGAGCGACUUGAAGAGCAGCUGAAUGACUUAACAGAGCUGCACCAGAACGAGAUGACCAACCUGAAACAAGAACUCGCCAGCAUGGAGGAAAAAGUGGCCUACCAGUCCUACGAGAGAGCCAGAGACAUUCAGGAGGCUGUGGAGUCAUGUUUGACCCGCAUCACCAAACUGGAGCUUCAGCAGCAGCAGCAGCAGGUCGUCCAGUUGGAGGGAGUGGAGAACGCCAACGCCCGAGCUCUGCUGGGAAAACUCAUCAACGUCAUCCUAGCGCUCAUGGCUGUACUGCUGGUCUUUGUCUCCACGUUGGCCAACUUCAUCACCCCGCUGAUGAAGACCCGGGCCCGGGUGGCUGCCACAGUCCUCCUGACCCUGCUGCUGUUCGUUCUGUGGAAGCAGUGGGACUUUGUGGAGACGUGGCUGCUGCCCAGCUGAGCUGCCGGGGGGACUCCAGACUUAGCAGCAGAGAACGACAAGCUGGUUUCAACUCAGUCACCUCAAAGGAUUCAGAGACCAAAAUAGCACUUGCUCCUUCUGAGUGAAGAUGGAGUGUGUGAGGCUGUCAGGGACAAAACAUGGCACUGUGGAGAACAUGUGCAGAGAGCUGAGAGGUGUUUACAGUGAAAUACAGGAAUUCUCUGCUCGCCAAGAAGCAAGCAUCAUCUCAUCUCACCUGAUAUGUUGGUGAAGUCCAAUCAUUGAUCACAUCGCUGUCACCAAAAACUCUUUGGAUCGUCUUUUUCUAAUUAUUUAUGACAAAGACUCGAGCGACUUCUAAUGACUGUAAAAUGCUGACCAUGCUGUAAACUUCAUGUUGAAGCUAUAGUAUAUUUGAGAAGAAAAAGUUUUUUUCAUGAAUGUUAUGUACUCAUGCAUGUCCUCAUAUGUGCAUUAAGAUGCAUCUAGCUGGCAUGAGUUAACAUUUCAUUAAUGACUCAAUGAAUCUUCUAAAACUGCCAUUUUGUUGUCAGAAAUACAGUGCAGAUAUGUUGUAUUCAUUCCUGGUUCUGCAUCCUGUUGUGGUGUUGAAGCAGUGCUUUUAGGCACAUUUCUUCUUUUUGUCUUUUUCUUGAAAUCAAAUGACCUGUUCUAAGAAAUGUUACCUGAAAACAUCAUUAUAAUCCAACAAUUUCUGUCCAUAAAUGCUAUUUCAAAACUACAGUUGUAGAACACCAACUAUUUACAGUGUCAAAUUAACUGGCAUGUCAAAAUGUAUCAGAGUUUAUAUCCAGUUUGCAAAAAAAUCAUUGCUGUUUUAUUAUACAAUGUAAAAAAAAUAAAUGAUUUCAUAUAUUAGGCUGA